AUGACGAAAUCUGUAGUGGUUGAAGGUGAAGCGCCAGAAACUGACGAUGAACUCCCCAUAAUUCCUCAUGAGGCUCCGUCAUUGAAAGUUAUUGUUGUCGAAGGUGAAGCAUCAGAGACUGAUGAUGACGAAAUUAACGUAGCUGUUCCGACGACAACGACAGCGGUAGAACCGGAGACCAUUGAGAUUCCGCAGGAAGCUCGUGCUCACGUGGAUGAGAAACUCGUGCAGCGCUGGCGGACUCUGAGCACCGACACACUGAUCAUGACUUCACGUCGAUUGCAACCAACCAUGAAGGCUGUGGAUGAGAUGGAGAACUGUGUUGACAACACGUUAACAACUGUGCAGACGGCAUCAGCUCUCAUUCGACGUACAUCAACAGUAGUUUAUCACCUUGAAGACAGCGUAAACGCUCUUGUAGAAGCGUCAAAACUGAUCCCAGAAAAAUUUGAAAAUACAGUAGAUGUUGUAAAAUUUAUGUGA